AUGAAUCAGACAAGGCUGUUUGCUCACACCAAGCAGAACAAAGGCGCGAAGAAAUGGAACCGAAACCGUCCGAAGAAGACGACCCCCGCCCACAUCAACCCCAAGCCCUCUGUGCAUCCGCCGAAUCUCUUGAACUUCGUCAAUGCUCCCCCGGAGUAUCACCUCGCCCCUGCGCCAGAGGCGACUCCAUUGCUGAAUCGCCCCAAAGUUGCGCGCCUUCUUCACCUGCUGUGGCUGCUGCCUCGCCAGUGCCGACGGGGUUCUGCGGCCUUCAUUCCAGGCCCUGUUCCCUGCCCGCUGCCGAAGCCUGAGAGAGUCCCGGGCUCGCUCGAGCCUCCGACGCCUCAGCAGAUGCGAGAGGAAGCCGAGUACGAGAACUUCGUCGUGUCGCAGCACGCCGCAAUCCGCGCCCGAGCGGCUGCCUUCGCCGCGCAGUUCGACCAGCCGCUAGUUAACGCGGCGGCCGCCGGCGUGACGACCGCGGCGGGCAAAGAAAUUCAGGCGCUCGCCUACGACGACGAGCUCCGCAGAGACCUCGAGGCCUUGAAACAUUUCGCCGAGCAGCGGGACGACGUCGCUGUGCGCAUGCUUAGCGAGCAUCUCUCCCUUGCAGUCUCGCCAGCGUGCCUGCCGGGCGCGGAGGAGGACGCGGACACGGCGCUCGCCUCCACGUCUCCGUCCGCUGGCUUCAGCCACAGCCUCGAGGCCGCGCCUCCUCAGAUGCUGGCUUGUGGCGCAGAUGGCGAGGGGUCGGCGGAGGCCACGAACAAGCCCAAGUGGCUGCCAUCUCACCUCAGGCGCGCCAGGCUACGCUACAGCUCAGCUGCGGCUCUCGUGCGCGAGGUUUGCCGCUCUCCGCUGACUCGGUUCAACCGGCUGCUGAUCUCGGAGGCUGUGGACCGAUGGUGGAGCGCCUGGCAGCACCGGCGUCUAGCUGGGAUUGUGAAGAAGAAACUCGGCCAGCUGAAGCGUCUGGGGCGCCAGCUCAAGGCGGGUGGCGUUCCGGCUGACAAGCUUCUCGAAGAGAAUGCCUUCGAGCGAUACCGCCUGCUCGUUGACCUGCCGCGGAGCCGUUUCGUCGCGAACUACAUGAAGCGACACGCCUCGCCCUGGAACCCGCCGCUCGCGGACGGCGGCGAGCCCGGCGCGGCCGACAGAGAGCGGACUGACGGGGGCCAAGGCGGGUUCGAGACCCCGCAGGACGCCCCCGAAAGCCCUCAAGGUGGAGCAGUUUGGACCAGUGUCGACCAGGCUCGGCGCCGAGCGCUCAAACGCGCAGCAUUCAGCGAACUCCAGUCGCUGGGAAUCUUGCAGGCGGAUGGGUCGGUCGAUAUCGAGCUUCUGAAGGAACUGUACCGCACCCGGCCGGCGGUGCCCCCUCGCGACGCGAAAGCAGAGGCCCGGCGUCGCUCGCUUCCAGGCGAUCGCAUGUCCAAGCACGAGCGGCACCAGCAGAUCAAAUUUCGGCAAGCUGCUGUCGGGCUGACUUUGCCGGCUUCUGCUCGACAAGUCGAAACCUUCGAGGAGUGGGAAAGGCGCGAGCAGAGCGCAGAGAUUGGCGGGAAGCUGGCGAGAGCGACCGGCGUCUUUGACGCUCUCCUCCGCGAAGAGUUCCCCGAAUACGAGCCGCUUCGAGACAUGUUCAAACUCGAGGAGUUUCUAGAAGCCGAGUACCGGCAGCACACGAUAAAGAGGGAAUUGAGGAAGCUGUACGCGGAAUGGCUUCGGCACGGCAUGCCGGAGGAUCCCAAAAAACGCAGCAAGAGCGACUUCCUGGUAUACUGGAUGCGCCUGUCGAAAAGAAAGCGAAAAGCUUUGCUGUACGAAGAACGCCAGCUGGCUCCAGCUGGCGCCACAAACGCGACGCUGAUGCGUCGCAUCAGAGAAAGGACGGUACUCGAACAAGCGGCGAGCACGAAGCAUGCACGCCAACAAGAGGGCGCUGCCUCUGCGGCAUGA